AGGAUAAAAAGCAGCGCGUUUCUCGUUUGGUUGUCUUACUGUCGAUUCGCAGUUGGAAGAGUAUAGGUUGAUCUUUAUCUUGUAGUUGGAGUUAUUUUCCCUCCUGCCCCAAAGAAAAAUAUUGAAUAUUUGCGUCAUCAUGGCCAGACCGCAGCAGUUGAUUGUGAUCUUGUCCGCCUUUUGGAUUACUACGCAAUGCCUGGCCGAUUACUAUUCGCCAGCCAAUUACGACCAAUACUACCAGGUACCCGCCUACUACCAGUACAGUUGGGAAGUCAAAGAUUUGCCAUCCGGCAAUGAUUAUCGCCAACAAGAAACCCGUGAUGGACAUUUGACCACGGGACUCUACCAAGUUCUACUGCCCGGUGGCCGACACCAGACGGUCAAUUACCGAGUGGACAAGGAUUCCGGUUUCAUGGCCGACGUCAGCUACCAGGGCGAGAACAAUUACUUCACUUUCAAGAGUAACUACCAACAUCAAAUGUCAGAUGGCAGUCAGUACAGUCAACCAGCCGUUACCACCACAGACGCUCCAGCCCCGCCACAGGCUUACAACUACCCCAGCCAGCCAGCAGCCGGACCUUACAACAAUCCAUCGCCCUACUACCCCAGCAAGCAGCCAGCUUACUCCGGCUACAAUUCCGCCGUCCAGCCCAAGCCGGAGGAACAGUCGUAUUACUACCCAUCGGCUGAUCAGAGGCCUUCCUAUCGCAAUCCAGCCGUUCCGGAUUAUUCGACCCGGAAUAAAUACGGAUUCGACGACGAACCCGCUUUCUACCCCGAUAGGACCACCACCACCACCACUGCAGCCCCGGUGAAAGUGACGACCACCGAAGCGGCAGUUACGACGACCGUAAAGGCCGCCCAAGAAGAAGAAGAAGUCGAGUACGGCAAUAAACCGGAUUACUCCGUCCCCAUGUACCCGCUCUACCGGGCGGAUUUCUACUCGGCUCGAGCCAAAUCCGGCAAAACCGUCACCGAACCGCAAUCGUCCACCGUUGCCACCAGCAGCAGCGGCUACGGAGUCGACGAGGAAGGAUACACCUACAUCAAACCGUCGGCCAAAUAUUCCGUGCCGGACAAGCUGGGCGCUGGAUACGAAGUCAAUCACCGUAAAGCCACCAUGAGGAAGCCAACCUACUCAGACUAUCAAGCGCCUGAAGCUCUUCAAAUCUAAAUGAACAAAAAUUUUCUUCCAACAUUUAUAUUCAGAGCUGUGUAAGCUAUAA